AUGCCAAAAAUCUGGCUAUGCGUUGACAGCACCUCGGUGAUCUGGUGCAUUCGAGAGACCGCCCCCACCUCAUCACAAUGGGCCUUUCUGAACUGUCAGCAGGCAAUAGAUACCCAUGGAGUCGGCGUCCGCUGGGCGCCAGGCCACAUUAGUAUUGAAGGCGACGAAGCGUCGGAUCGGCUCGUGGCAGCCGGCGCGGACAUGGAACUGGACGGGCCUGAAGCGCUACCAACGGUCAGUGGCAUUGGGUCGCUUUUCCGCGACAUGAAGAAGGCGCAACAGCAAGAGUGGUGGAUGGCCAGCGUGGGGAAGCUCUCAGUAGCGCUUCAAGCCCGUCCAGUUCCAUGUGCCGGCUGCCGCGAGCCGGUCCGACGCUUCGUUGCCUUCGAUACUCAUGUGGCCUGGCGCCCAGCGGACGCCGACUCCACGGGUAUCUAUUGCCUCCUGACAGUUCAGAAAGGCCCAUUGUGA